AAGUCAUUGUGUACGUAACAACCACCAAUAUUCAAUGAGUCCCCACUCCCCACACUGUGACAGAGGCACAGACCAUCAACUUAAUUACUAAUCUUAUUAUUUCUCACUUUUUCUAUGCACUACUUUUGCUAUAAACCUUAGCUUCUUAUUCUCACUGCCUUGAAGUCAUUGUUGGAACUUAAUUGGAAUUUGGGAUGAUUCUCUGUAGCCAUUUUCUUUACGAUGCUCUUCUCUGCCUUCCUCAUUAGUAGGAGCCUCUAGCUGCUGAUGGAGGUUCCAGCUUCCCAGGCAACCCUUUAUCUAUUGUUGGUUUGAAAGGAAGGAGACAGAAAGACAAAGAAAAUUGAAAAGAAGGUAGUGAUUUGUGAUUGUAGAUCUAAUAUGCUCUAUUUCAAAUGCAUAAAAAUGUAGCAAAAACAAAAAAAAAGCAAGGAUGAAAUAAAAGCAUGUCGAACAUUUUUAUACCGGACUUUUUGCAAGAACGUGUGUUCGAUGCAGUAGGUGGUUUCUUAACAAAGCAAGUAAACUAUGUAUGGGAUUACGAGAAAAGAUACGAUGAUGUAAGCAAAGUUGUAGAGAAUCUCAAGAAUGACAGAGAUGAGGUGUGCGAUAAAGCCGAGGAAGAUGAAGGACGAUAUGGGAGAGCAAUAUACGAUAAUGUUUUAGAAUGGCUAGCUCGUGUGGAUGAAAUUGUUGUUAAAUAUAAUAAGUUCAAAGAAGAUCAUGAUAAUAAUGAAGGGUAUGCACUUGCUUUUCCAUUUCAAAAUCUAAACAUAAGGUAUCGUCAAAGCAAAAUAGCAGAAGGUAUCAAAGAUGAUGUUGAAAGAUUGCAACAUGAGAAGCAUGAUAGAAUAUCUCGCUGGCAGGGCCCACCUUCAUCAAUGGGUUAUGCGCUUCCUACUGUUGAAUAUGAAGAGCUUGAUUCAAGAAAACAAAACAUGGAAGAUGUCAAGAAAGCCUUGGAAGACUCGAGUGCUACAAUGAUUGGUAUUCACGGGCUACCUGGUAUAGGGAAGACUACUUUGGUCAUAGAAGCUAUUAACAGAGCUCAAAAUCAAGAACCUAAGUUAUUUGAUAAGGUGAUUAUGGCAAAUGUGACAAAAAAUCCGAACAUCAGAAAAAUUCAAGGGCAGAUCGCUGACAUGCUCGGGAUGACAUUGCAAGAGGAGAGUGAGAAUGGGAGAGCUGGUCGCAUAAGAGAGAAAUUGAAGAAAGAAAAAAACACUCUUAUAAUCUUAGAUGAUAUGUAUGCAAAAAUAGACUUGGAUAUGUUGGGAAUUCCAUCACAGAGUGGCGAUGACAAGAAGAAUCUCAUUCUCAAACAAGGAAUAAAAUCUUCUAAUCCCUCUACAACUCUAACUAAAUCAGAGACAAAGAAGGUUGCUAGUGCUGGACAAAAUUUGCCAGAAGAAAAGUCAGAUGCUAACAUAAUGAGACCAGAUAAAAAAACUGAGGACAUCUCUACCAGUGGUUCUAGUAACGUAGAGAAAGCAGUACAACAGAAUCAAAAAGGGUGCAAGAUUUUGCUAAUUUCUGAGACAAAACGAGUAUUGAGCCAGAUGGAUGUGAAGACAAAUUUAGUUAUCUCUAUGGAUAACAUAAAACCUGACGAUGCAAAAAAAUUGUUCAAAAAAAAGGUAGGAAUAACAGAUGAGAAAAAUUCUGAUCUUGAACGGCUAGCCAUUGACAUUGCCAAGAAGUGUCAUGGGUUGCCCAUGUCAAUAGUUACAACAGCAAAGGCAUUAAAAAAUCAAAAUCGCUCAGUUUGGGAGGAGACCCUUAAAACACUUGAAAGACAAAAGCUUACAGGAACACCGGAAUAUUCUACAAAGUUGAGUUAUCAACUUUUAGAAAAUGAGGAGCUCAAGCUUAUCUUCUUGCUUUGUGCUUGUAUGGGUCAAGAUGCAUUGGUCUCAGACUUAGUGAGACUAUGCAUUGGUUUGGGUUUUCUUGAAGGCGUCUACACAGCAAGGGAAGCCAGAGAUCAAGUGCAAAUGUUGCUUAUUCAUUUAAAAGAGUCAGGUUUAUUGUCUGACAGUUAUUCAAAUGAUCGUUUCACGAUGCAAAACCUUGUUCGCAAUGGAGCUUUGUUGAUAGCAUCAGAGAAUAACGUGUUUGUGCUGGCAAAAAGAAAGCUAGAUGAAUGGCCUGAUGAAGAUAAACUUGAGAUGUACACUGCUAUUUUCUUACAUCAUUGUGAUGUCAACACUGAGGAGUUUCCUGAAAGUUUAAAAUGUCCUAAACUCAAAGUUUUUCAUUUUCACAAUAACCAUCAGCAUUUCAAAAUGCCGAAAUACUUUUUCCAAGAAAUGAAAGAACUUAGAGUGUUGGUUCUGAUUGGCAUUGAUCUCUCCGAAAUGUCUUCAUCAAUGGAAUGCCUAACAAAACUCCGAAAGCUUUGUCUGGAGCAAUGCAUUAAUCUAGAUGAGAACUUAUGCAUCAAUAUUGGGAAGUUGAUGAAGAAUCUAAGAAUUCUAAGCUUUUCCGGAUCUGAUAUUAAAAGCUUGCCUAUUGAAUUGAAGCAUUUAUCAAAGUUACAAAUUCUUGACUUAAGUAAUUGCUCCGAGCUAAAAAAAAUUCCUCCACUUCUAAUAUCAAGCCUCACUAGUUUGGAGGAGUUGUACAUGAGAAACACUUCGGUUGAAUGGAGAAUUGAUAACAGACAGAACAACAAAAACAAAAAUGCCAGUCUUUCAGAGUUGGGACAUCUAAAUCAAAUAACAAAUGUUGACUUACAAAUCCCAAGUGUUGCCCAUUUGCCAAAAAACUUGUUCUUUGAUAAGCUGCAUAGCUAUAAAAUUGUAAUUGGCUCGUCAAGUACACAUUUGGAGCCAGAUUUCAAGAUUCCGGAGAAAUAUCAACUGUUGAGGUAUUUGGCGAUACUGGAGAAAAAUGUUGGCAUUCAUUCUCAGAAAGGGAUCAAAAUGUUGUUUGAAAGAGUUGAGAAUUUGUUGCUGGAAGAACUCAACGGUGUCCAAGACAUCUUUUAUGCACUCAAUUUGAAAGGGUUUCCAUGUCUUAAGACUUUAUCCAUUGUGAGUACUUGUAGCAUUCGAUAUUUGAUCAACCCACAGGAGAGGAAGCAUCCUGAGAAUGCUUUUCCGAAACUGGAGACAUUGCACCUCUACAAGCUCGAUAACAUGGAGCAACUAUGCUCUCGUGUCUCACUUUCAUCAUCCUCAUUUUGUAAACUGAAAGUUGUCAAGAUUAAGCUUUGUGGUUUAUUAAAGAAUGUCUUUUUAAUAUCUAUGGUCAAGCUUUUGGUUGCUCUUCAAACAAUUGAAGUUUCAGAAUGUAACUCUCUAAAGGAGAUUGUGUUUGCGGAAGAUCCACAAGAUGCUAAUGCGUCGAAGUCUCUUAAGUUUCAAGAAUUACGCACUUUGUCAUUAAAAUCAUUACCUGAGUUUCAUGGAUUCUGUUCCAUUUCAUCUACAGCGCAACAAAAAGUAUUGUUGGAUGAACAGGUUGAAUUCUCAAAAUUAGAGAGAUUAGAGUUGUGCUCUAUCCAAAUCCACCAAAUAUGGAAUGGCAAAAAUCCUCCUUUUGGAAAAUUGGUACACUUGGAAGUGAAUGGUUGUGAUAAUUUAAAAAGUUUGUUAACAUUGUCUAUGGCUAUAAAUAUGAAGACUCUCCAAAGUCUAUCUGUCAGCGAGUGUGACAACAUGAUGCAUAUUCUUCUCAACGAGAACAGCAAUGAUACUCAAAGUGAAAAGAAGGUUACCAUCUUUCCAAAUUUGAAGAGUAUUAAAGUGAGAAGCAUGAAGAGUUUGAGUGGGAUAUGUCAUAAUGAAUUUGAACUCCCAAAAGCCUCUUUCGAAAAGUUGGAGAGCCUAGCCAUUGAUGAGUGUCAUAAACUGGUCCAUGUUUUCACUUCUAAUGUGGUGGGAAUAUUUCAGCAUGUAAGCAACUUAAGCGUUACUAAUUGUAAGUCAAUGAAAGCUAUAUUUGAGUCAGCAGCUUGGGAAAAGAAGCGAACUUCUAAGGAUGCAACACCCAAGUUGCAAGAUGUUCAUUUUCAAUCACUUCCAAAAUUAGAGCAUAUGUUCAACAUGAAGAUAAAACAGCAGGAAGAGAUUCUUAAGUUAAACAAUUUGCAUAAGAUAUGGGUUCAAGAUUGUAAAAGGUUGGAAAACAUAUUUUCUGCUCCUGUCGCUAAAACACUUGAAAAUAAUCUGGAAGAGCUUGUGGUCUCGGAUUGCUCUCAAUUGAGGCAAAUUGUUGCCAAGAAAGAAGAAGAUGCCAGCAGUCUUACUAAAUUUAACUUUUUGAAACUGGCAACCAUCAAAUUUUUGAGACUACCAAAAUUCAAGAGUUUCUAUCCAGGAGCUUAUGGAAUAGAAUUUUCAGCACUCAACAACUUGUCUAUUGAACAAUGUGACAACUUGGAACCAUUCAGAGAAGAAAUCAUAGAUGAACAACCAAAUCCUGCCCUCUUUCCUGAAACGGUAAUGAACAAUUUGAAGUCAAUUCAAAUUGAGUCGAGACAUGCAACAUUAUCGACUAACUAUGAUUAUCGAAGGGAUAAUCUAGAAGAGCUUCAAUUAUCAGGACUGAAGGAUACUAAAAUUCUGUAUUCUUUCCUUUAUAGCAAUCCUAAUAUGAAGAAUCUAUGCUUGAACGAUGCUUCUUUUGAAGAAUUGGUGCCUCUUGAAAGGCUUGCUAAGAUUGAAAGCUUAGGAGUUGUCCCACAGCUAAAAAGCUUGAAGUUAACAGAUCUACCUUAUCUUCAGAAGAUUGGCUUCGAAAGAGACCCAAUUCUUCAAAGGAUAGAGACAUUGGUUUUUCAAAAUUGCCCAUGUUUGAAAACCAUAGCACCUUCUAAUGUAUUUUUCUCUCACUUGACAAAGCUUGAAGUGGUUGACUGUGAAACAUUAACAUAUUUAAUGUCACCAUCAACCGCAAGAAGUUUGGGUCAACUCAACACCAUGAAGGUAAUUAAUUGUGAAUCUCUUGAGGAAAUUGUAUCAGAGGAAGGACAAGAAGAUAAUAAAGAGAAAGAUGACAUCAUUUUCAAACAAUUGACGACAAUUGAACUUGUGUCUCUCAAGCGCCUCGAAAGCUUUUGCAGCUCCGAGAGUUGUGCGUUUCAGUUUCCAUCAUUAGAGAAAUUUGUGGUGAGUGCUUGUCCCGAAUUGAAAAGUUUCUCCCAAGAAGAACACAUGAAACCACUGCCCAAGUUGGGAAAAGUAUAUGUUGUCCAUGAAAAAGACAAGGUGGAAGCGCACUGGACAAACAAUUUACAAGAAACAAUACGAGAUAUAUUCAACAAAAAGAUAUUUUUCAAAGGCAUGGAGAAAUUAAGUGUUUCUGAUGAUCUUGCUCAUCUACAACAACUAUGGCAAUGCAAAGAAGAACGCCCACAAGGAGAAUUGUUUAACAAUUUGAAAACUUUGAAGCUGAGUGGUUGUAAGUUCGAACCAUACGCAAUUCCAUCAAAUGUUCUUUUCAGUUUCAAGAACUUAAAAGAAUUGGAAGUGGAUAGCUGCAAAAAAAUAACAGGAAUUUUUGAAAUGAAUGAUACUGAGAUCAAGGAAACAUCGUUCCAACUGAAGAAGCUAACUUUGAAAUCGCUUCCAAAUGUGACACAUGUGUGGAACCCGGAAAAACAAGGAAUUCUCAGCUUCAAAAGUCUACAAAUAGUGACUGUCGAAGGCUGUGAGGAUUUGAGAACUCUAUUUCCUAUAGCCUUGGCCAGAGAUCUUAAGAAGCUUGAGAAACUUCUUGUUAGCGAAUGUGAUGAGUUAUCUAAUAUUAUAGAAGCUGGAACUGUUGAUGAACAUCUUGUGUUUCCUUGUUUAACCACAUUGGCAUUGUUUGUUUUGCCAAAGUUUACUGGCUUUUGCUCUCAGAAGUUCACUCUGGAAUGCCCUGCGUUAAUUUUUUUGGGCGUAUAUGGUUGCAACGAUCAACUGGAGCUAUUUCAGAGUCAAGGACAGGAAAACCAAAACAGCACCUCAACUGCUAAGCAACCACUUUUCAUGAAUAUAAAGGAUAUUUCCAAGAUGGAAAUUUUGCUUCUGAAUUGGAGACACACUGAAGCUUUAAGUUCAUGGUUGACAAAAUUGAAUAACGAAAAUCUUGAGAGUUUGAAUGAACUUGUCCUUGUUGUUGAUGAUGGGAAGAGUAACUGUAAUGUGGCGGUUAAAUUAUCUGAGAAGACACCCAAGUUGGAAACACUGAAAGUAGGCUUUUACUGUGAUGAAACCCUCAAAAAUAUAUUGCCCUCCCAUGAUGAUAAGAAGAUUCUUGGAAACUUAAAAGAAUUGUACCUAUUCAACUUAAAUGAGUUGCAAUCCAUGAGUGGGGUAGAAUACUUGUCAAAUCAGCUCCGUCUAUUAGAUGUUUAUUAUUGUCCAAAAUUGAUGACAACAAUAGUGCUACAAUCUUCCUCCAAUCUGAAAGAACUGCACAUAGAAUCAUGUGAUGCAAUGCUGCGUCUAUUCACAUCUUCAACAGCGAAAAUGCUAAUAUACCUUGAGGAGUUGCAAGUUGAGAGUUGUGAAUCAUUGAAAGAAAUCGUGGGGGAAGAACAGCAGAGUGCUAUGAAGAAAGACGAAGUUAUUGAAUUUAAGCAGCUAGAGAGGAUAACCCUUCGAUCUUUGGAAAGCCUGGAAUGCUUUUAUUCAGGGUAUGUCACUCUGAAGUUGCCCUCUCUCAUUCAACUGGACAUAGUGGAUUGCUCCAAGAUGAAAGUUUUCUCUCAUGGAAAUGUCGGCGUUUCUAGAAGCAUUCAAGUUUCUUACAACGACUCAAGUGAUGAUUUGGUCUUCCACCGUGAUCUUAAUAAUGCCGCUGUAUUGCAGUCUCUAAGUCAGAGUCGUCUUGAUCUUGGCAAUCACUCGGAGCUGAAAGAUUUAUGGCUUGAUAAAGUGCAUAUCUCAGAUGAGGCCUUCUCCUUUGGUAUAUUUGAAGUCAAAGAUACACCAACAGAUAUUGUUAUUCCUUUGAAGAUAUUAACUUUGGAGGAACUUCCAAAUCUGAGGCAUGUUUGGAACAAGGAUUCUGAAGGAAAGUUCAGUCUUCCCAAACUGGAGGAGGUUAUUGUUGAUAAAUGUGCAAGCAUAAAAUCGGUGUUCCCAGAAUCAGUUGGCAAGAGUAACAUACAAAUGUUAAAAGUGAAGAACUGUGCAGAGUUAGUUGAAAUUGUCGCUGGAGAUGAUGUAGCCAAACAGGUUAGCAUCUUCUCCACGCUAUCUUCUUUGGAGCUGUGGAAUUUGCCAAAUUUGAAGUGUUCAUUACUACUAUCGCAUUUGCUACCUUUCCUUCAUAAAUUACAAGAGUUGGUGGUUGGAAGAUGUGGUUCUUUGGAGACUAUAUUUGAUGUGAAAGAUGCACCAACAAAAGAAGAAGAUACAAACAUGAUUAUUGUUAUUCCUUUGAAGAAAUUGACUUUGGAGAAACUUCCAACUUUGAGUCAUGUUUGGAAAGGAAAGCUCAGUCUUCAAAAAUUGGAGGAGGUUAUUGUUGAUGAAUGUGCAAGCUUAAAAUCCUUGUUUCCAGAAUUAGUUAACAUACAGAGGUUAGAAGUGAAGAAUUGUGAGAAGUUAGUUGAAAUUGUCUCCAGAGAUAAACUAGCCAAAGAAGAAGAAGCAAAUAAACAGGUUAAUAUCUUCUCCAAGCUAUCUUGUCUGAAACUGUGGAAUUUGCCACAUCUGAGCUACAUUUAUCAUGGAAUGGAAGACUCUGAAUUUUCAUUAUCAAAUGCAUUACUACCAUUGCAUUUGCUACCUUCCCUUCAUAAAUUGGAAGAGUUGGUGGUUGGGAAUUGUGGUUCCUUUGAGACAAUAUUUGAUGUGAAAGAUGCUCCAACAAAUGAUGUGGAAGAUACAGACAUAAUUUCUGUUGAGGCCAUAUUUGAAGUCAAAGAUUCACCAGUAAAUGAUGUGAAAGAUAUUCUUUUGAAGAAAUUGACUUUGGAGCAUCUGCCAACUCUAAGCCAUAUUUGGAACAAGAAUCCUAAAAGAAGUAGUCUUAGCUUUCCAUGUCUGGAGGAAGUGGUUGUGAAUGGAUGUAAAAGCCUCACAAGCUUGUUGCCAGCAUCAUUGCCCAUGUCUAACAUGCUAAAGAUAGAUGUGAAAAACUGUGAGGAAUUGGUUGAAAUUGUUACAAAAGAUGAAGCAGACAAUGAAGAAACAAAUAAGGAGCUUAUUAUGUUCCCUAAGCUAACCUCAUUGACUCUGCACAAUUUGCCAAAUUUUACAUACAUUUAUGCUGGAAUGCAAAUUCUAAAUUUACCCGAGUUAAGAGAGUUGGAUAUUUCUCUUUGUAAAUUUGCAACGGAUUCCAUUGCAAAGGUUGUUACCCCUCACUUACAGCAACUGUCAAUAGACAAGGCAGGUGUGAUGAUGCUUGACAAUGAACUGCUUCAUUUGGACCCCCAAAACAUAACAUAUCUGAGAUUGCAGGGCUUUAAUGAUAUUGAUGACUCAGAUGCCGCAUCUGCCUUUAAUUUCUUCCCAAAUAAGGUGCCACUUCCCAAUAUUCAAAUCCUUGUGGUGGCCGACAGUGCUUUCAAAGAGAUAUUCCCCUUACAAAAGCCUGAGAUUAUUCAUUCACAGCUGCUUGUUCAAGAAUUGGAACUGAGGAAUCUGCACAAGCUUGAAUCUAUUGGGUUAGACCACACCUGGGUAACCUUCUCUAAUCUCACAUCGCUGAAACUUGAGGGUUGUGCGUCUUUGAAGUCUUUGUUCACUUCCUCAACCGCCAAAUGUCUUGUUCAACUUGAACAGUUGCGCAUAUCCAACUGUGAAGCACUCGAAAGUUUAAUGGUAGAUUAUCAACGACAUGAUGGUGAUCAUGAUGUCAUCAUAUUCGAAAAGCUUGAGAAAGUGUCUCUUAGCCAAAUACCAAAACUUGAGAGCUUCUACAAAGGAAACUCAACUUUGAAUUUUCCAUCUUUGGAGGAAGUUGAGGUCACUGAAUGCAACAAAUUGGAGUAUAUGUUCACAUUCUCAACUGCCAAAAGCUUGGAAAUUUUGCAUAAGAUGAAGAUUUCCAAAUGUGAGUCAUUGGAAACAGUAGUUUUGGCAACACAAGAGGCAAACCAACAACAUGAAGAUCUCACAUUCCCAGACCUCGAAUAUCUGACUCUUAGUGAAUUGCCAAAACUUGAAAGUUUUUUCACCGGAAACUCAUCAACUUUGAAUUUCCCAAAGGAUGAGUUUGAAGUUUGCAUCAGUCAAUGUGAGAGCAUGAAAACUUUCUCACAUGGUCACGUGGAAGCACCUAAAUUAUGGAAGGUGGAGAUAGAUGGAGUUGAUUGCUCAAUAGAGAAUCGUCUAAACGCUACAGUUAGCCAACAAUUUGAGAAUCGAUCGAAUAAGCAGCAUUGAUGAGUUAAUUAGUACAAUCAUAAUUUAAAAUGAAAUUUGUUGCUUGCUGAGAGAAGCUUAUUUUCAAUGCAUGCAUUUGUUACCAGUUAGCCUUGCAAAACUAGUAGUCUAAUCAAGGAGUAAUGGACGAAUAAAUAAGGAUGGUUCUAUGGGACACCAAAUGCAGGAGGAGAAUAUAAGUAGAUCCCAUGAAAGCAACAAAUAUUCAUUUCUGUUUGAGUGUGGUGUGUUGUGCAUGAUAUAAAUAAAUCCCCUGUAUUAUUAUGCAGGAAGAAGUGUAUGAUUCCUUUUUAACUUUUAAGUGACAAAGCUAUAAGCUUAGUGUGUUUUAUGAAUAAAUUAUAUUUUAGAUUUUUAUACAAGAUAUAAAGUGUGUGUGGUUAAGUUAUUGAGAGCAUUAGUGCACUUUCAUGUAUGAAAGUAGAUUGUAAUAAUUUUACAAUAUUGAAGGAGUGUGUGGUUUGUGUUCUAAUAAGAACUGAGUAGUUAAAAAUGGCAUGUAGAUAUAUUUCUUAUUUCUACAUAACACCAUUUUAAUGCA